AUGGUCAUUAGAGCAAUAAUAACUGAGUCAGAAUAUCGAAUACAUUAUUUGAUGUUGGUGGUCUUCUUAUAACCCUUAAACCAUUAUAUGUUUUAUACGUUGAAGAAAGUAGAAUGUACACAACAAACUCAGACCUAUUUUAAACAGGAAUCAGGAAUCUAACAAACCUUAUAAGAAUAAGUGAUAUGCUUGUCUAAUGAUAGCAAGGUCGACAACUUGAAAUAGGAUCUAAAUGAGAGUGUAAUUGUUAAUUAAAUAAAUUACGAUUUAGAAUCUCCAAAAAUACAAUAGGAGCAUAAAUCUAUUGGAAUAAAUAGAGACACUAUUUAAUAGAGGAUUAUCAUUAAAAAACAACCUAUAAACAUGUAGAAAACAACAACAAAUUCUUCACAUUCAUUGUAACAUGAUCAGUUAAAAUUGGAAAGCCAUAUAGAUUCUAAAUAUUCUGAUUUAGUUGCAAUAAUGAGUAAUCUUCCCUUUGGUAUAAUUUUUGUUGAUUAACAAUUAAAAAUUUUGGACUACAAUUAAAAAGUUACAUAGUUACUAGGAAUCACCAAUCCCAACAAUAUAAUUCCGUUUUUAGAUGAAGCCAUUUAAAAGUAAAUAAUUUAAUUAAUUAUAACAGAAGUGGAGAAAUCUAAGAAGUCCGUUCUGCUAAAAAAAUUAAAAAAUCAAUGAAUAAAUCACCCAAAAAAACGUCAUACUUCAAAUAACCGUCCAUCAAUUUAUAAAAAAGAUAAUUUGAUGAUUCAAUACCAGAUGUAGUUUCGCAAUAUUACAAUUGUGGGUCUCAACAAAGGAUGGACAAUGAGACCCAGUAGGAAGGGAAUUUAAAGUCAGUAUUUUAAAAAUUCUAGAAAAUUCACUAAAGCUAACAAACAUCCACUUCAAGAGAAAACUUUUAGUUUAUUAUUAGACUCGAUUCUAUGAAUGCUUCAUAAUGUAAAUCUAAGUAUAAGAGUCUGAAACUUAAAAUUUUUUAAAUCGAAGAGAAUGGAAAGUGGGAUUAAAAUGUUUAUUUAAUUGUAUUAGAAAACAUAACAAAAAGAGAAGAAUACAAACUCCUAAAUCAUAAAUAUAAAUUCUAACAAGCCCUUUUAAAUUCGUUAUGUCAUGAAUUAAGAACUCCAAUCAAUAGUGUCAUUUCUCAAUUAUAUGCCUUAAAAGACGAGUUAACACAUGAUUUAUUAGAAUCCCAUCUAAACCCUGCAAUUGUUUCAACCAAGAGAUUGUAAUACUAACUAAAUGAUAUUUUGGAUUACGCCUAAAUUUAGUGCAAGGCUUUGACUCUCAAUAAAUCCUACUUUAAAUUAGAGGAAAUAUUUUAACAAUUACAAGAAUUGUUUUAUUUCGAAUGCAUGCAGAAGCAGAUCCAUUUGAAAAUCGAAGAUGAUAACUAAAUUAGAUUGUACACUGAUAAAGAGCGACUAUUAAGAGUCUUUAUUAAUUUACUUGAUAAUUCGGUUAAAUUUACAAAUAAAGGAGGAACAAUUCAAGUUUCAUCUGAACUUUUGAAGGAUUAUUUAAAAUUCACUGUUUAUGAUGAUGGGUAAGGUAUUAAGGAUGAAAUCAUUGAAAAAAUAGAAGAAGAAGCAGAAAUCUUGUUCUAAGACUCCAUUCAAUAUAAUUCAAAUAAACUAGGUUUAGGACUGAGAAUUUCAAUGCUUCUUACAAAAUACUUAUAUAAAGAGCAGAAGUUCUAAAUUGAUUCGAAAUUUAAUUAAUACACAAGGAUUAGUUUUCGAUUGUCAAACCUGAUUGAAAACUGUUCUUUGGAAUUUUAAAUGGGUCGAUAAUUGUCGAGAAUCGAAAAAAAUUGUGAAUGCAGUAAAAUACUCAUUGUGGAUGACAUUAUUUGUAAUCACUUUGCACUUUAAGUUUUGCUUAAAAAAUUUAAAGUGAAAACUGACAGUGCAUACAAUGGCAACUCAGCUAUAGAGUUAGUUGAAUAGAGAUUGAAGUAGUAAUGCUGUUAAACUUAUCGAAUAAUUUUUAUGGAUAUUGAAAUGCCAUAGAAGAAUGGGUUUCAAGCAUCUUCGGAAGUAUUUUAAAAUAUCAUCCAUUUAGAUAUCUUAAAAACUAAAAUAAAAAUUUCUUCAUGAUGAAUGCAUAAUAACCAUGUAUUCCGCUUAUUCUGGGGACGAUGAUGUUCUAAUAGCAAGUUAAUGUGGAAUGAAAGAACGAAUUUCAAAACCUACCGAUAUAUAAAAAUUGGAACACAUUAUUAAUAAAUAUUUACUUUGA